CUUUAGGCAUAGUCUUCUGGGUGACACAACAGCAGAAAUAUGAUUCACCAGGUAGUUGUUCUAUCUCUACUCUGCUCCUUCGCUCUCGGAGGAGAUAUGAUCGAUGAGAAGUUGGUAGAAAAAAUUAACACUUACAACCUUUGCUGCGAAUGCUUUGGAGAUGAAUUCGUAGAAACCAUGCACAAAAAAAUCAAAUCAGCUACGAAGAAGUGCAUUGGAUCUAUGCCUCAUGAUGAGGAGCAUACAGAUGACGAGGAAGAAGAGUCUAGAUCCAAGAGGAUGGCUAUUGACUCCUCCAACGCUCUAACCAACCUGAUGGGUGAAUGGAACUCCAAGAUGGGAAAUCUGACCUGCGUUCUUCAAGAGUUGGGAUUUCUGAAUGAAGAUGGAGACAUCAACAUUGAGAAGUUCACCGUCGAGGCUAUUACCGAGAGGUACAAGGGCGCUAAGGCCGCAGCCGAUCCCGUCUUUGUCCAGAAGCUUAGCACCAAGAUGAACGACUGCCACGCUAUUUCUGAGAGCUGGCCUGAGUCUACCCUUCAAGAGAACGACUUCAAGAAGAAGUACGGUCGUCACAUGGUUUUCUUUAGCUGCUGCAUGAAGUCAGAGAGGGAGCUGUGCAUGAAGUACGAGCUGGCUACUCACAUCGAGAAGAUGACUGGAGAAGUACCCUCCAACUCCUACUCCACAGACAAGUACGAUGCUGCUGCCUGGAACAUGAAGGCUAUGAGACACGAAGCCACCCCUGAGGAGCAAUGCAUUGAUGAGUUCUUUUGGGGUGCACCACACAUGUAAAUUAUAUUAAUUACUUAAUGUCCUUUGGCAGCUAUAUGAGAUUUUAAUCAUUUUAAACUUUUUUUUAUUAAAGUAUAACGCUUUAUGUCUGUAAACACAACCUUGAUAAAUAAAUUGAAUAUCAGAGAG